UCAACCACUGCGCCACCAGGGAAGCCCCUUGUUUAUCUCUUAAUUUCAACUUCUUGCCCAGUUUCUGAGCCUUUUAAUUCUUCUUAAUUCUGGCAAUGACACAGUUGUUCUGUUGGGGGCUAGGGUAGGGGAUUGGGUGGAAGUCAAGUUGAAUAAGAAUAGGCUUUGGAGUGGAAGGAAACAGAUACCGAGAACGGCUUUGACACUUUAUAAUUGGCUUGAGCCAAGAAAAAUGACUUCACAUCUCUGGUCCUCAAAACCUUAUUUAUUUAUUUUUGUAAAAUUAAGAUAAGAAUACCCACUUUAUACGGUGUAGGAAGGAUAUAGACAAUAUGGUUGAUAAAUCCCCUACACACAUGAUAGGUGCUCCUAACACACAUGAUAGGUGCUCCUAUCAUAACAGACUUUAGAAUCGAGGAAGUAAGGCAGGAAGAGGGGUUGCAGUGACUCUGAUAAUACAAAUCUUUUGAGUUUCAUGGUCAAGUUCUUAGAUGAUAUUCCAAAAGAUUAUUGUUCAGUGUUGUUUGUUAUUGGCUUCUUGAGCUCUCUGUUUUUGGUCUGGAUCAGGCAUGGUCUUCAGAGUCACCCUCAUACUGAUGAGUUUCUUAGACACUAUUUAAGACACCCAUGGCUACCCAAGUUAUUGUGCUUCCUGAUGGACAGGAACGUAACCAACUGUGUGUCAGGUAUGAGCCUGGCAUAUAGGAUGUGCCAGGAGAUGUGCUGAAUGAAUGGACUUCAUAGUCUUUUUGCCCCUUAAAAUGAGACCAAAAGGCAAACAACUGAAGAAAGAAGAAAUACAGAACUUCUUGUUAAUCAAGAAGCCUAUAACAUCUACUAAGAAUCAAUUUCUUCCCUGGGUCGGGAAGGCUGGUUGAGUUUUCACCCAGGUCAAUGCCACUGUAGUCAUAGAAGUUUGUCUCUCUUGCUGCUCCAAAGACCAACAGGAAUAGUCAUGCCUUCUGUGUGGACACAUCAACAAGGAGGCCAACCCCAGUCAAAGCACAAACAUCUGAUGGCUGAAAGGACUUCUGUUCUUUUAAAAUAAUAAAAAGCUUCUGACUUCCCACCCACAGCCAACCUGAUAUCAGAGAGCCAAGAGGCACCUCAGAUUCUUCAACAUUCCUUUAAUGAGAUAAGGAACUCCUAAUGGUAAACUCAACAGCUGAGUAGCAGGAUGAUGGCGCAACAGGAGGUAGAGAAUCAAGCAGGGAGGUCAAAGCAUGGAGACCACACCCACCUGGGAUGGGGUUUAAAAGGGCCGGGAGGGAAGAGGGUUGUCAGAUUCAGUGGCUUAGCCUUCCCAGCGGCUCUGAACCUCCUGUGCAUCCUCAGCUCACCAUAACUUCCUCCUACAUCAGCUCAUCCCACUGCCUGGGCUGCACCAACACUCCUGGAGCAAGAAACAUCUGUGUCUCCUCCACUGACAUUAGAGACUAGCCUGGGGCAGAGGUCAACAAUGCCCCCCUAUGUCUCUCAGCCACUCUGGCACACGCCAACCGAAUCCCAGUGGGAACAACCCCUCUGGGCUGACCCAGCCUCUGUCCCCACAGCUGCAAUGCCGCCUGCCCCUUGCUGGGGACCUGCCACAUUCCUGGCAACAUCGGAAUCUGCAGGACCUAUGGUGAAGGCUCCCUUAACAGCCAUGAGAAGGAGACCAUGCAGUUCCCGAAUGACCAGCCGGCCAGCUACCUGGAGAAAGUGCGCCACCUGGAGCGGGACAACAUGGAGCUGGAGACCCAGAUCCAAGAGUCGAGCGAAUGCCAUGAGGCCACCAUGUGUCUGGACUAUCAGAGCCACUUCUGCACUAUCGAGGAGCUGCAGCAGAAAAUCCUGUGCGUCAAAUCUGAGAACAAGCAGCUGGUCGUGCAAAUAGACAAUGCCAAGCUGACUGCUGAUGACAAUAGGACCAAGUGGGUAACAGACGGAGCACUUGCUCUGCCAGCUGGGGAGGGGGCCGAUGUCUGUGGGCUGCACAGGGUGCUGGACGACCUCACACGCGCCAAGGCUGACCUGGGGGCCCAGCUGGAGCCCCUGAAGGAGGAGCUGCUCUGCCUCAAGAAGAACAACGAGCAGGGAGUCCACGCUCUGAAGUGUCAGCUGGGGGACCAGCUCCGGACUGAGCUGGACGUGGUGCCCGCUGUGGAUCUGGGCGGGGUGCUGGAGGAGAUGCGGUGCCCGUACGAGGCCCUGGAGGUAGAGCUGCAGGCUCAGCUCAUGCUGAACUGGCUGUGUGAAUCCGGGGCCCGCUUCGGCACUGAGCUGGCCCAGAUGCAGUGCCUCAUCAGCGAUGUGGAGGCUCAGCUGUCGGAGAUCCGGGCUGACCUGGAGCGGCAGAGCCAGGAGUACCAGGUGCUACUGGACGUCAAGGCCUGGCUGGAGGGUGAGAUCGCCACAUGUUGGAACCUUCUUGAGACUGAGGACUGUAAACUCCCCUGCACCAUGUGCGCGACCCUAGCCUCCAGCACCUGUGCGGCCCCUGCAGCCUGUACCCACUGCUCUCCCUGCCUUUUCGGGCCUUCUCGGGCCUCCUGUGGGCCUUGCUCAUCGCCUUGAUGCUGAAUUACUCCUCAGCCAGAGAUGCCAGAAAAUGGGAGAUGUCUGUAGUCGCUUGGCUUCAACCCCCAGUCCUGCCAUCGGAGGCCUUUCUUCCCCAGCCAGCCUGGGGGAGACUGAAGCCAGGCAGUGCUUCUCUGUUGACGGGCUUUCCAGCCCGGUAGCUCAGCCCUGGCCCCUGGAUUUGUGCUUCCUCUCUCCAGGAUGUCCUGACUGCUCCAUUUUCUCUCUUCUGCUGCCUCCUGAUCUCUCUGAGAUGGGGAGGGUAACCUCGCUUUUAUUUUGCUAAUAAACUUUACUUCUGCAGCAUAAGGAGUCCAGUGCCUGCUGGUCUGUUUCUCCAUCCAGACCAUGAUGCAACCGUUCCUGUAGAAGCAGGGGCUGUGGCUCACUCACCAGAGUGGUUCUGGAAGAUGGCAAAGCCAGUGAGGACCACGGUUAAAAGUGGAACUGCAGCAAGAUGGCACAGAUGAGGGAUACCCAGCUCUGGACCUGACCAAGCCUGUUUAAGCCAGAUUCACAGAGCUUUUAAAAUACAGACUCGUUCAGACUAAAUAAAGUCCCCCUUUAAUCUGGAUGAAGCCAUCGCAAGGCCCCGUGUCGGGGCUUUAUAGACACGGUGACACAGGGUCCCACAAAAACCCUGCAGAGAGGGAGCGGCUGUUACUAUUUUCAGCUGUUUGCUGAAUCAAGGCUCGAACCCCAGUUUCUCUGAAGUAGAUCCGAAGUCCAUACUUUGAAAGCUUUGAAGGGGCAAAACAUUAAACAUGAGAAGGUUUAGGGUGGUUGUUCUAAAAGUGUGGUCCUCCAUCCAGUAGUACCAACAUCCCCUGGGAACAUGCUGGAAAUGCAGAUUCUUGGGCCCCACCCCAGACUUCAGUCUGUUUCAUCGAGGCUUCCAGGUGAUUCCAUGCACACUCAAGUUUAAGAAUCACCGUGUAAGGGGGGUUUAUUUGUGAAGUAAGAUCCCGACUGGCCAGACCCACUGCAGAAGGGAUGGGCCUCACUCUCCUGAUCUCAUGGGUGAGGAACUCUUUAUCCCAUUGAGAUAGUGCUGAACAUGUUAAAUUGCUGAGCCGGUGACACCCUCAGUCUAGAAAAGGUCAAUCAAACUCACCCACCCCAAUCUCCCCCACAGGCUCCACUGGCAAGUCCUUCAGCAGCCGCCCAGCUUGGAACUUGCAGCCAACAGCCACGUGAACGAGAAGCUCCAUGUUUAGGCAGCCACGGAUGAGAAGAGCAUGUCUUCAGAACCCAGCAUUAGAGCUGACCAAGCAGUGAGUUCCCCAUCACUGGAGGCAUUCAAGGAGGGCCUUUAUAACCACCUGGUGGGGACGUUGAGAAGGUCGCUCAGGCAGCUGAUGGAGCUGGAUAAGAUGGUCGUAGGGGUCUUCUAGCCUCCAAAUUCGAUGACUCCCUUCUUUCUAGGUCUUAUUAAUCAGUGAAACUAUAAGUGGAGCUAACACACUGACUCCAGCAGCUCGUUCUUGUCUUCCUUCUCUACUCCGUGAACUCUCUGAAUCAGAGUAGCUUGCUGAGAAAUUUACAAAGUCCAGCUGAUGGUUGUUGAGUCCAGCCCGUCCUGAUGCGGGAGUGACAACAGUCCCAAGUCCCAGGGGUGGAGAGAGCUUAAGCCAGGCCUCGGUUGCUGUACCUCCAGCUGCUCUCAAGCCCAGAAUCCUACCUGUUGGCCACCGUCUGUGUAGACAGGACUGAUUUGCUUAAGAGGAAGCUCUUCCAUCAUAGGAAGCUCUGGAAGGUCAGAGGCUGUCUACCCUUUCCUCCCUUCCCUUCCACUGUGCCUCUGCUCUUUUUCCCAAGCGUAAAGGUGUCUGGGUACAGGUGAUGCAUCCCUAAGGUACCUACCCAAGAGUAGGUCCCAAUAAGAAAGAGCAAUCUUGAUCAGUCUUAAUUUAGCACCUGGCCCAAACACCGUCACCUCUUCCUUUGUACUUAAACAGCUCCUUUCAUUCAACGAGUUCAAAGCUGUCUAACAAAAUAAAGCCAUUUAUUCUUGCACCAGCAUGUUCUUCCCAUGUAAGGAGAGGGAGAGAAGGUGAGUCAUUCGGUGAUGCAGGGAUUCUUCUCGUGACAUGAAAUGAGUCAGUGGGGCCCCAAGAUGAUUGUUUCUUAAGUUCAUAGCCAAUGCCCUGACCGUCAUCUAUAAUUAAAACAUUAGCUUUGAUGAGACAUUGCUUGCGUGUGUGUGCGUGUAUGUGUGAAGUGGUUUGGGUUCCUGGGAAGAAAUGCUGAGUAAAGGGGAUGAUUAUGCUUGGGGACGUACCAUCAUGACCAUCAUCACUACCGUCACCGCCACCGCAACUAUCCUGUUCAUCAUCAUCACCAUCACCAUCAUCGUCAUCAUCACCAGCAUCAGCACCACGUAGCUUCAUCAUCAUUGCCAUGGACACUCCCAUUCAUCGGGCUCUUACUAUGAGCCAGGCGCUGAUCUAAGUUAGGGAUGAGUUUAUAUACAUACACUCAUUUCAUCUUUACAGCAAUCUGAUGAAGCCAAGGUUAUUGUUAUCUCCAUUUUGCAGAUGAGGAAUCAAGGCUCAGAAAAGUUAAGUAACGUGCCCAGUUCACACAGCUACUAGAUGGGGAAGCCAGGGUUCAGAUCCAGGUAGUCUGCCUCUAGCAGGUGUUCUUUCAACCACUGUGCUUUACAGAGGCCAAGUCUCAGACUGUGUCAGUAGGAUGACAGAACCAUAAUCACCCCAACGUUUUGAUUCUUUUUCCUUGCAUGAAAUAAGAGAGUGUUUAUGCCAGAGAAUUCUU